GGCCAACAGAGCUGAGAGGCAGCGGAGCCAUGGUGAGUCCCGGACAGAAAGUGGUGCUGAUCACCGGCUGCUCCUCCGGGAUCGGCCUGAGGAUGGCCGUGAUGCUGGCGAAGGAUGAACAGAAGCGUUAUCACGUCAUAGCCACAAUGCGUGAUCUGAAACGUAAAGACAAGCUGGUAGAAGCUGCCGGGGACGCGUAUGGGAAAACUCUUUCUCUGGCUGUGCUUGACGUCUGCAGCGACGAGUCAGUCAAACAGUGUAUUAAUGGCAUCAAAGAUCGUCAUGUGGAUGUCCUUAUCAAUAACGCAGGUAUCGGCCUGGUGGGUCCUGUGGAGAGCAUCCCCAUUGAGGAGAUGAAGAAAGUGUUUGAGACCAAUGUCUUUGGUGUGAUCCGCAUGAUAAAGGAGGUGAUGCCUGACAUGAAGAAAAGACGAGGAGGACACAUCAUCGUAGUUAGCAGCGUGAUGGGCCUGCAAGGUGUGGUGUUUAAUGACGUGUAUGCAGCCUCCAAGUUCGCCAUGGAGGGCUUCUGUGAGAGUUUGGCCGUGCAACUCCUGAAGUUUAACGUCACACUGUCGAUGAUUGAGCCGGGUCCAGUGCACACAGAGUUUGAAGUAAAGAUGAUUCAAGAGGUGAAACAGAGAGACUGUCCUGGAGCUGAUGCAGACACAGUACAUUACUUCAAGAAUGUCUACCUCCCUUCCUCUGUUGACAUCUUUGAGGUGAUGGGACAAACACCAGAUGACAUCGCCAAAUGCACCAAGAAAGUGAUUGAAGCGAGCAGCCCGCGUUUCCGUAAUAUGACCAACCCUUUGUACACGCCCAUCGUAGCACUGAAAUACGCUGAUGAAACCGGAGGCCUGUCUGUCCAUGCCUUCUACCACAUGCUCUUCAACCUGGGCCCUCUCAUGCACGUCAGCAUGACGGCCAUGAAGUACCUCACCUGUGGAUGUCUGAGGAGCAGAACCGUUUCACCAAACUAGAAACUGCGAAUAAUAUAAACACAGUUUGUAGACCAGAAUAAAGACCACACACUACCUUGGCUUACGAUGUCAGGGGAUCACAAAAACAUAUAAUACUAACACACAAUACCUGCCGUAGGUCAUGUAGCAAAAGUCACUUGGUCACAAUUAAAGAAAAAAGUCAUUAAAUAAUCCAUUCAACAGUUUCAAAUUGUUCUUUUUUGACCUGCCAUAUUUCCUGCUGAUGCAGUCUGUAUUGUAAUGAACAGUCUUCUCUUGAAUUCUUAUUUCUGUAUAAAACCGUAGCUUAUGAAUUUAUAGAUACCACACAUGUGAAGUCGUAAUACUAGAACACUUUUGAAAUUUAUUCUAGCCCACCCACAGUGCCAAAUAAGUACAGUUUGCACUUAUGAGACAACAUACUGUAACUUGAUUUCAUUAUUUUGUCCAAGUCAGUUUCAGAUAAUUUGACAUUUCACUGUUUAAACUCUAUUGGUUCAGAGAGACAGGUCUACAUCUUGUUUAGUUUGUAGCAUAUGAAUUUGCAUUGAUUUACAUAUUCUUCAAAUGCUGUCAAUGUAUUGGCACAACUAUUUUGGCAUUAAAAAUUGUCAUUUAUACCUUC